AUGGAUCGCGAUCAACUACCCACAUCCCUGGGCGAUGGCCCACAAUUCGAGGAGGAAACCGGCUGGAAGAAAUUCACCAGACGCUUUCGCGAGGAACCGCUCGUCCCGCUUGGAUGUACUGCAACAUGUUACGCCCUGUACCGCGCCUACCGUUCCAUGAGAGUCGGUGACUCCACAGAGAUGAACCGCAUGUUCCGAGCACGUAUCUACGCACAAGCAUUCACAUUAGUGGCUCUAGUGGUCGGUGGCAUGUACUACAAGACUGAGCGCGCGCAGCGCCGCGAAUUCGACCAGGCCGUCGAGGAACGUAAGCAGCAGGAGAAGCGUGAUGCAUGGCUACGAGAGUUGGAGGUCCGAGAUAAGGAGGACCGCGAGUGGCGCGAACGACAUGCUGCCAUUGAGGCUGCGGCUAAGGAGGCUGGAAAAAAGCCAACCCAGCCAGAUGCAGCCCGGGCUGCGAUUGAGCCGGCUGAUGAGAAGAAAAUUGGCGUUCUGGAUGCUGUGAGGGUCUUGCUCUCAAGUCGGAACUAG